GUAAGUGGUCGCUGUGGUUCAUAUCUAAUUUUUCUCCUAGUCUAACACUAAAUACCCUAUAUUAAGCCUAAAAAGAUUACGUCAACGUAACCUACGAUUGACCUGCCAUUACACCACAUUUUACAGAAGGUAUAAACGUAACUAUGCGGAGUUACUAGCGUCGAUGUCAACGGAGGCUGUCACACAUGCUGUCCCUCCUGUUGAAGUCGAGUCGUCUUCAGUGAACACUGAUACCAUGACCAUUGAAACCGAGGUAGUGCCAUCGCCACCUUGCAGCAGCCUAACACCAGCUGCUAGUACUUCACAAAUGUGCCCACAAGUCUCUUCUGAACGUGAUGAAAUCACAAGCAUGCUACUCAAUAUCAUGGUGACCGCGAACAUAUCACAAGCAGCCGCUAACAGAAUCUUGGAGGUAUUCCGUGCGAAAUUGCCUCAACUACCGACAAGUGUUCGAAGUGUCCUCAGAAUGUGUGGCUCUUGCGAGUCUAGACUACUUGGAGAGGGAAUGUAUUGCCACAUCGGUCUCCAAAAAUGCCUGCAGCACUACAUGGUUGAAAGUCACUACAAGACGAUUGAGCUGCAGUUGAAUGUCGACGGAUUGUCCAUCUCCAAGUCUUCUAACCAGCAGUUAUGGCCCCUGUUAGGUAGAAUUACGGCAUCUUUCUUGAGUAGUGUAUUCAUGAUAGGUAUAUACGGUGGUCCUAGCAAACCGAGCAGUUAUAGAGAGUUAUGCAAUGACUUAGUAUCUGAGCUAAAGGAUAUAUUAAGUCAAGGCAUACACAUUACCAAACUGAAUAGGCAUUUCAACGUUCGUUUGACAGCCGUCAUCUGUGAUGCACCGGCUAGAGCGGACGUGAAAUUUAUAGUAGGUCAUAAUGCCAGUGCAGGUUGCGACAAAUGCACAGUUACUGGAAGAAAAGUUGACGGCAGAAUGACAUUCGGAAAUGGAAUUUUUCCAAUCCGGACUGAUGACAGCUUCCGUCAAAGGAUGCAGUCAAGUCACCACCGUGGACAGAGUGCUUUUGAGGAUUUAAACAUUGAUAUGGUUAAGUGCUUCCCUCUUGACCCAAUGCACCUAGUCUAUUUAGGGGUAGUUAGGAAGCUUAUAAGUCUCUGGCAAGACUUAGCUAAAAGGAAGGAAAUGCACGUAAACCGGCUGAUGCUUGAAAGCAUUGAUGGGAAGAUAUUAGAUUCUGCUGGAAUGACACCCAGGGACUUCCCCAGAAAGUGUAGGGGGCUCACCGAAGUUAGUCGGUGGAAAGCCACUGAAUGUCGCAUCUUCCUCCUAUACCUAGGGCCUGUUUUACUUAAGGACACUAUGCCACCUGCAAUAUACCGCAACUUCCUAAGACUUAGUAUACCUGUUUACCUUCUUUCUAACAAAAGGUUUUACCGUAAUUACUUGGAAGGUUGCAGAGAUGAGUUACUCAACUUCCUCAAUGAGUUUGAAUUUAUUUAUGGCAGGGAGCACUUAGUUUAUAACAUACAUUGUCUGCAA